AUGGAAGCCGCUAAGGUCACCAAGGGCGCCGGAGGAAGAAAAGGCGGAGAGAGAAAGAAGUCCGUGUCGAAGUCGGUCAAAGCGGGGCUCCAAUUCCCAGUGGGUCGGAUAGCUCGUUUUUUGAAAAAGGGUCGCUACGCCCAGCGAACAGGCACCGGGGCUCCGAUUUACCUCGCCGCCGUUCUCGAAUAUCUCGCAGCUGAGGUGCUGGAGUUGGCGGGGAAUGCGGCACGUGACAACAAGAAGACUCGGAUAAACCCAAGGCACGUGCUAUUGGCAGUGAGAAACGACGAGGAGCUUGGAAAGCUUUUGCAAGGAGUGACCAUAGCGAGCGGUGGUGUGCUCCCAAACAUAAACCCAGUGCUGCUUCCAAAGAAGACCUCCAAUGCGUCUUCUGAAGCUGCUGAGAAGGCGCCUAAGUCUCCCAAGUCUCCCAAGAAGGCCUAA